UUGUUAGAGAGAGAACUUGUGUCGUUCAGUGUUGUGACUUUUUGCACUUAUUUGUGCAAUAAUAAUUGUUAAUUAAUUAUAAAUUGUUGUUAAAUCGAUUAAUUAAAUUUUUCUGAACAAAAUGUGAUAUAAAUUAUUGUAAAGUUUUGUGAAUUUUGAGCAAAAUCAAUGGACCUGUCAAUGACGUUUUAGCAGACAAAGGCAAUUGUUAAUUUGUUAAAUAAUGCACAAAUAAUACUUGUGAUUUUUGUCGAAAAUUAAUGGACCUGUCAAUGACCUUGGAGCUGACAAUGGCAAAUCUUAAAUUGUUAAACAGCGAACAAAUGAUAACAAAAAGUAUGACUGGAACGUCUAAUGUGUUAAUGUAGUUUAUAAAACACAAUUGCUGUAACUGGGACCGAAAAAAUGACUAAAUUGCUUUGUCAUUGAGGCCAAUAUCAUCUUAGAGUAAAUUGUGUCACAUUCAUCUAUGGCAAUAGCAUUAAUAUUGCUUUAUUACAUAUAACAACGGAGGCAGCUUGUAUGUUAAAUUACAACAUGGAAAAUACUCAUGUUAAUGAUGUUAAUAAAUAUAAUAUGAUAAGGAACAACAAUCAGUAACAUCACAUGGUGCUGGUAUUAUUGACUCUUAAUGUACCACUUAUGGUUCAAUUGUUGUUAAUUUGUUAUUGGUGAACAUUAACUUGUUUUUGUUGAGCUUUAUCAAAGUUUAUUAAAAUUUGCUUUGAUGUCAGCCGCUGUUGUUGCUCACAAUAGAAACACAUAUGUCGCUGUUCAGAGUUUCAAGAAAAAACUGCCUCUACUAGAAAGAAUGUUACGACAAUCGGCUCAAGAUCUUCUUUGCAAAGUGAUAAAUCGUUUCGAAAUAAUAACAAUAAUAAACUAUUUCAAAAGUAUAUAAUAAUAUUAAUAAGUGAAUUAUCAAGUCAACAAGUAUAAACUAUUAAUGGUAAUUUAAUAUAAAAAAAAAAAACUAAAUUCAUUUAUAAACCAUAUAAAUUUUUUGUCGUGUAAAAGUGGUGAUAGUGGUGAAAAGUGUUUGUGCGUGUAGUGUUUGUGUUAUGUGUGAUCCAGUGUGAUCAAUGAUCAUUGAACCUGUACUGCUGAUCAGAUAAAACCAUCAUGAUCUACUACACAACGUUACUGAUUAUAGAGAAUCAUCAUAAACUACUACAUGACGUUGGAGCGUUUUGAUAACAAGGUUGGAAAGACGAGCAUCUACUAAAAAGGACAUUUUGGAGUAAAAAAUAAAAUUGUUGUCGGUUGUCAUUUUCAUUGGUGCGCUGUGCGCACGAAGCGCUGUUUACCGGCAUAUUUUCAACGGAAAAAAAAAAAAAAAAUCCAACAAUUUUUAGCAGCUCAUGUCUGUCUGCAGUCUGCGUUUAUCUUUCACACACAGUGUAUUACAAGUAAUAUUUUUAUAUAUACGUAUAUGAGGUGUACAUCAUUUGUGUGAAAAAAGUAAAAAAAAAAAAAAAAUUAGGAAAGGAAGAGAGAGAGAGAGAGCAGUAGCCAGAGAGCAGGAGAGACUCACGCCUUGAGUUUACAGACCACAAGACUCAGGACGACAUUACGAUCAAUUACGAUCGUCUCAAGAACAUCGUUGAUUAAUUAUUUAUAAUUUGUUAUAAAUAAUUUUUUAAAAAAUACUAUAAAAAAUGGCGGACGAAAUGCAAAAUAAAAGUCGCAUGAUGGUGUUUAAGAACAAAGGAAAAGAUCAAGAUGAAAUGAGAAGACGAAGAAAUGAAGUGACAGUUGAACUUCGUAAAAAUAAACGUGAAGAAACUUUACAAAAAAGACGAAAUGUACCAAUAACAGAUUCAACUGAUGAGGAUGAUAUUGAAAAAACAUUAUCAACAACUAAUUUAGUUGAACUUGUACAAAAAGCAGCAAGUUCAGAUCCAGUUGAACAAUUACAAGCUGUACAAUCAGCUCGUAAAUUAUUAUCAUCUGAUAGAAAUCCACCAAUAGAUCCAUUAAUUGAAAGUGGUAUAUUACCAAUAUUAGUACAUUGUCUUGAACAACAUGACAAUCCAUCACUUCAAUUUGAAGCUGCAUGGGCAUUGACAAAUAUUGCAAGUGGUACAUCAUCACAAACUCAAGCAGUUGUUGCUGCUGGUGCUGUACCAUUAUUUCUUCAAUUAUUAACAUCAAGUCAACAAAAUGUUUGUGAACAAGCUGUAUGGGCAUUAGGUAAUAUUAUUGGUGAUGGUCCAGUACCAAGAGAUUAUGUUAUUCAACGUGGUGUUGUACAGCCAUUAUUAACAUUUAUUAAACCUGAUAUACCAAUUACAUUUUUACGUAAUGUAACAUGGGUUAUUGUUAAUUUAUGCAGAAAUAAAGAACCACCACCACCAGUACAAACAAUUAAAGAAUUAUUACCAGCAUUAAAUAUACUUAUACAUCAUACAGAUGUUAAUAUACUUGUUGAUACAGUAUGGGCAUUAAGUUAUUUAACUGAUGGUGGUAAUGAACAAAUACAAAUGGUUAUUGAUAGUGGUGUUGUACCAAGAUUAAUACCAUUAUUAUCACAUAAAGAAGUUAAAUUACAAACAGCAGCAUUAAGAGCUGUUGGUAAUAUUGUAACUGGUACUGAUGAUCAAACACAAACUGUUUUGAAUUGUGGUGCAUUAUCACAUUUUCCAAAUUUAUUGACUCAUUGUAAAGAUAAAAUAUGUAAAGAAGCUGUAUGGUUUUUAUCAAAUAUAACUGCUGGUAAUCAAUCACAAGUUGGUGCUGUUAUUGAUGCUGGUUUAUUACCACUUAUAAUACGUAAUUUAUCAAAAUCAGAUUUUCAAACACAAAAAGAAGCAGCUUGGGCUAUUAGUAAUUUUACGAUAAGUGGUAAUAGAGAUCAAGUUGCAAGACUUAUUCAUGAAGGUGUUAUUGAACCAUUUUGUGAUUUAUUAUCAUGCAAAGAUGUACAAGUUGUACAAGUUGUACUUGAUGGUAUACAUAAUAUGCUCAAAGUUGCUGGUCCAGAUGUUGAACAAUUGGCAAAUAUGAUUGAAGAAUGUUCUGGUUUGGAUAAAAUUGAAUCAUUACAAAAUCAUGAAAAUGUAGAUGUUUAUAAAUUAGCUUAUGAUAUCAUUGAGCAAUACUUCUCUGAAGACACUGAUGAUACAAAUCUUGAGCCCCAAGUUGGUGAAGGAACAUUCGAAUUUGAUCCAUUGGCAAACAUCUCCAAAGAUUUUAAAUUUUGAACAACGUUUUUUUCUUUUUUUUUUUUUUUAAUUUCAUUCAAAAUAAAAUGUUAAAACUGUGUAUUGUCAAUCGCAAAUAUUCAUGUAAAGCUAAUUUUUUUUUUCUUUUUUUUUUUUUUUUUUUUUAUAUCCCUUUCUUUAUACAUAACAAACACAAGAAAAAAAGAAAAGAAAAAAAAAAACCAAUUAUACAUAUUUUAUUGCGAUAAUGGAUACAAGUAAUUCUUGUACUAAUAUUUUUUUUUUUUUUUAAUUAUUUGCAAUCAUAAUUCGUGUAUGAUUUUACACACAUCAUCGUAUUAAAAACGAAA